AUGGAUAGCGAGCAACUUUUUGAGGUGGAGAGGAUCGCGGGUGAGAGAAAGAGCCUAGGAGUAGACCCAGAAGGGCAUAGUGAGAAGACUGCAGAAGCCCUGAAAAGCUUUGUGAAUCAUUUCAUUCACUUUCAGAAACCCAUCGUGGCUGCAGUUCAUGGGCCUGCGGUGGGCUUAGGAGCGUCCAUUCUGGGCCUGUGUGAUAUAGUUUUGUCCAGUGACAAGGCUUGUUUCCAGACUCCUUAUGCCACCCAAGGCCAGACCCCAGAUGGCUGCAGCAGCCUGACCUUUCCCAUGAUUAUGGGAGGAACGACUGCCUCUGAAAUGCUCCUCAGUGGCUGGAAGCUGACUGCCAAGGAGCCAUGCCACAAAGGUUUGAUCUCCCAGGUGUUCAAUCCGGACACAUUCAUGAGGGAGGUCAUGGAUCAAGUCAAAUUACUGGCCUCAUACCACCCGCUAGUUCUGCAAGAAUGCAAGAGCCUGAUUGGCUGCAGUGUUAAGGCUGAACUGGAGCAGGCCAAUAUCAAGGAGUGUGAAACGUUGAAGAGUAUCUGGGCUCCUUCUCAUGCUUCUCAGUUCAUGCUCCAGUUCUUGGACAGAAAGCUGGAUCUCUCAGACUUGUGA